AUGAAGGGAGCGGACGCGUACCCGGGCUACUUUUCGCUGAAUUUGGAUAAUGAUAUCAAGAUGGAAGCUACGUCGACGCGUCGUGCUGGGCUAGAGCGCUUCACGCUCCCAAACCCCAAUGACCUGCCAGCGUCAUUGGCGGGUGGGACCCUCGAUAUCGACCCAGAAAAUGGCCGUAUCACAAUUGGUGACCGCUACGGCUCCAGCUUUGGUCCCGGUUCGGAUCACUACCAAGCAUUUGCUUGUGAUGAUCUCUUGAGCAGCGGAACUCAAAAGCUAAGUGAAUAUGGCAUCUGGACGGGUGAUACGUGA